UAAAUAUAACACAAAAACUUCAAAGUGAGGGAGAGAGAGAGAGAGAGAGAGAGGAAAGCGAUAUUUAAAGCACAGAAAGAAGAAAGCAAGACGGAGACAAAGCAACAGAAUCAAGACGGGAGCUCUGAUUUUCCAUUUAGAGAAGUAACUCAUCAUACCGGAGAUGAAUGAAGCAGCUCUUCUCUCAGAGAUCCAGGCAGGAGACGGGAGGACACUUUCCAAAGCAGAGUUUCUCUCGUUACUGAAAACCUACAACUGCUUCCUGAAGGACCAGGCUCAGCUGCACCUCAGUUACUCUCAGGAUGAUGAUGGAGAGGUGGUGGUGGAAGGCUACCUGAAUAUCUCCUGGGGAGUACGGAGGCUCAUCAGGCUCAAAAUACAAGAUGAUAAACAGAUGCUUCCCUUUGCUCCCCUGAUCUCCCCUGACCCCGUCAGUCCCGUCAGCCCGCUUGGAAACAAGAGGGGGAUGACACGAUGGGGUGAAUAUGUUGACCUUCACCAGAUAGAUGAAAUGUCCGAGACGCCACAGGACACAGUCAUCAACAAUCCUCUACCAGGUCCCCCUGUGUAUGAGACCAGCACCCUGCGACCUGUGAGGAAGAAGAGCUGCGAGCUGGAGGCCGAGUCCAACCUGUUUCGAUGUAUGAGUGAUGCCUCAUUGGUCAAGAGGAGGAGGGGGAGGGGAAAGUCAGCAGCACAGAGAGAGAAAGAAAGACAACAUCGCUUCUCUAUCAAUGGACACUUCUACAACUAUAAGACCUCUGUCUUUACUCCAUCCUUCGGUACUCCAACUAAAGUUCGAAUCUCCAGCAGGAUGACCACAGACCAGGUCAUUGUUCAGCUACUGAACAAGUUCAAGAUCGAGAACGACCCUCAGGAGUUUGCUCUGUACUGUGUUCACCAGAGUGGAGAAAAAAGGAAGCUCAGUAACAAGGACCAGCCCCUGUGGGAGCGCAUACUACAGGGGCCGUCUGAUGACAUCAUGAGGAUCUUUUUGAUGGACAUGGAUGAGGAGGAAGUCAGCGACGAUGUAGCCCAGUACCUGAACUUAGAGUUUCCUAUCCUGGAGCAUGUUCUACUGAAACUCAGAGAGGAGGAGAACAGAGAGAUACAAAGGGUCGUCAGCAAGUACCAACACCAACACAGACUGCUUUUACAUACGCUGAACUGUAAGACGUCACCUCACAUUGAGACCAGCGUCUGAUCCUUGAACCACUGACACAGGACCAGUCGUCCAUCACAGCACCGCUGGAAGGAGCAAAGAUUAGCUGUUGGAACUCUGUGAAAGGACUUUUUAAUGAAACUUCUUUAACAGUUUUUUUUAGUUAAAUGUGUAAAUAUUUUGAAAUCAUACAGAAAAAUAAAAGGUACAAUAUGUGGACACCAUUACAGAUUAA